AUGUCCUUGGGCCAUGAUUCACUAGAGGGCGUUAAGCCCAAACACACAGGAAAGCGCGUGGCUACGCAGCUAGCAAGAUUCAAUUUGAUUUGUGUGCGCUGUGCGGGACUCGUGCUGUCUAUAAAGUUGGACACAGGCCAAAAUGAGAUAGACAACCAAGUGCCGCCGAAUAAUUUUUCCGACGAUAUGUCCGGCUAUCCACCAUUUCCGGCCGACACCGUCCCUACUUCCAGCGAAUUGCCUGAAGCUGAUAUCCUAAUUGUCACCUCCGGUGGUUUACGCAUCCCGGCACAGGCUAGCAUCCUGGUACUGUUCAGUAUUGUUAUUGUUCUUCGUCAUUAG